GUGGGAGCGUCGAAACGGCAGAGAGGCGAGAUACAGAGGGAGAGGGGGAGAGAGAAGAAGCAGUGCCAACGUGCCAAUAGCAGCAGCGAGGAUGGUGGGCUCAAAGGAAUCCAUUAAGGUUGCAGGUCGGGUCGAAAGCGUGGACAUUUCGGACGACAUGAUUCUGGUGGCGACAUCCAACCUCGGCGGCAACACUUGGGAUUCAUCGCUUCAAGUGCUAGAUUUCUCAACGAAAGAGGUGGUUGCGUCGGUGAAGCAGCAGUCCGGCUGCGCAGACGUCUGCUGGGUUAAACCUGGGCGACGCGUAGUCUCAGCAGGAGACAAUGGGGAUGUGAAGGUAUACAAGAUGGACGAGGAAGCACCAGCGCGGCUGGUGGAAGUAGCGAACCUUGAAGAGCACGACGAUAUUGUAUCGAGUGUGGCGGCUUCUCGAUCGCGCGAUGGGCUCGUGUUGUCGGGUGGCUACGAUCGCAGUGUUAACGUCUGGGACAUCGACAGCGACAGGGAUACUUCGCUAGAUACCUUCACAGGGCAUAGUGGCUAUGUGACCGGAGUGGAGUGGAGUGCUGGACAGGAUGAUAGUCAAGUCUUUGCAUCAUCGUCAACCGACUGCAGCGUGCGAGUGUGGGAUCGCAGGCAACCUCAAGGCUGCUUGGCGUGUCACUGGUUUGGCGUACCUGCACUUUCGAUUUCGUGGGACCACUGCUCCGGAGAGCUUCUCGCUGUAGGUUGUGAAGACGGAACGGUGGCUGUCCUGGAUAGACGGACACUCUCUUCUCCACUGUUCACAGAGCAAUCGCAUACAGGUCGUGUGAAUCAAACCGCGUUCGGGCCAGCUCCUUCUGGUGGUGAUUCCGAAGUUUCUGGCCUACUUGCAUCUGUGGGAGAUGACGGUGUCUUGGCAGUGCAAAGGCUCGGGGAUAACUCCAACCACAGCCGGUCUGCACUGCACACUGACUACGCUCAAGCCCUCAGCUGGCGUGAUGAAAAUAAUUUGGUCAGCGGCGGGUGGGAUGCUGCACUCUGGGCGGUGGAGUUAGAGCAGACAAGGGUGUACUCGGGGUGA